CCUCAGUCAGGCCUAAGAAAUCCGUUUCGGCGAGUUUUCUUCAGGGGCAAGGCAUGUAGCCAGCCAGCCCGGAACAUUCCAGCAGACGCAGAGCGCGUCACGGUCACCCCGCGCCAGGCUCGCCCCACCGAUCGAAGCUUCAGCGUCGUCCGCGCCGACCAAACCGACGCACGGCCGGUGCCCUCUCAAUAAGACCCGGUGGGACAACGAGCGGUCGCCAUCAAGAGCAGGUUCCGUUCGCCUCUCUCGUCCCUCGCCACUCGCUCCUCGUCCUCGGCUAGCUUCGUUCGUCGCCUCCGCCUGCUCGGGAUCCGUGGUUCUCGGGGAAGAGGUGGUGACCUCUCGCUCUUGCAAGUAGCUAGGCGGACUCGGUGCGGGUCGGCGGCUGCACGAUGGUUUCCUUCGAGAUGAACGACCGCAAGAAGAUUGGGCUGGGCUUGACUGGAUUUGGAGUUCUCUUCUCAUUUCUUGGGAUCAUUAUGCUGUUUGACAAGGGAUUCCUGGCAAUGGGGAAUAUUCUCUUUGUUUCUGGCGUCUUACUGACCAUUGGGCUGAAGUCAACUGUUCAAUUCUUCACCAAGCCUAAGAAUCACAAGGGUUCAAUCUCUUUUGGGUUUGGCUUUUUCCUGGUCCUCAUUGGGUGGCCUGUCUUAGGCAUGAUGGUGGAGUCAUAUGGCUUCAUCGAGCUCUUCAGCGGCUUCUGGCCAACCCUUGCUGUUUACCUGAAAAAGACCCCCACCUUCGGUUGGAUAUUCCAGCAUCCUUUUGUGACUUCGCUGAUCACUAGGUUCAGAGGAAGACGAGUGCCGGUGUGAUUCGCCUGGCUGCUGGAUCGCUGUACAGAAGUAGACCGACAUAUGCAUUCUGUUCGUUUGUAAUUCGUUGAUUCUACCUAGUUCAAAAAGAUAAAAGAAAAGGAAACCGUUGAUACCGCCGGUAUGUGAAUCUUGCUUUGCUGCUACCUGUAGUUUGUCUCAACAUCGCGUAGCUACAUCAAUUUUUCUUUGCAGGAAGACCUUGGGUAUUAAUAAGUAGGUAAAUGGGUAGGUGGCGAAUGAUGGUGACUAGGAAACGAGUGGCAAUCUGGUUUGGAAACCAUUCAUGUGAAUAAAAGACACUUGUGCUAUAUUUUUGCUAGAUAUGACUCACAAUUCCGAUCCUGCGAUU